GAGAUACAGCCUGCCGCCCUGCUUCCACUUCCUCAUUGCAGGGGGCCUACUGGCCCUUCUCAAGAUGUGGGCAUGCCGCUGUAUCUCCUCUCAUACGGCCUUCCACCCUGCUUCCACUUCCUCAUUGCAGGGGGGCUGCCGGCAUUGCUGAAGGUAGGAGAUACGGCCUGCCGCCCUGCUUCCACUUCCUCAUUGCAGGGGGCCUACCGGCCCUUCUCAAGGAGAUACGGCCUGCCGCCCUGCUUCCACUUCCUCAUUGCAGGGGGCCUACCGGCCCUACUCAAGGUGGGCAUGUGA